CCCCAGGUCUGGUACAUGGACGGUUACUACAAGGGCCGGCGCGUCCUGGAGUUCCGCUCCCUGGACGACUUCGUGGCGGGGCAGAACUUCGUGCAGCACCUCCUUCCCCACCCCUGGGCGGGCACGGGCCACGUGGUCUUCAACGGCUCCCUCUUCUACAACAAGUACCAGAGCAACGUGGCCGUCAAGUACCACUUCGGCUCCCGCAGCGUCCUCGUGCAGCGCAGCCUGGCCGGCGCCGGCUACAACAACACCUUCCCCUACUCCUGGGGCGGCUUCUCCGACAUCGACUUCAUGGUGGACGAGAGCGGCCUGUGGGCCGUGUACACCACGAACCAGAACGCCGGGAACAUCGUGCUGAGCCGCGUGGACCCGCAGAGCCUGCAGGUGCUGCGCAGCUGGGACACCGGGUACCCCAAGCGCAGCGCCGGCGAGUCCUUCCUCAUCUGCGGGACCCUCUACGUCACCAACUCCCACCUGGCCGGCGCCAAGAUCUACUUCGCCUACGACACCAACAGCUCCAGCUACGAGUACACGGACAUCCCCUUCCACAACCAGUACUCCCACAUCUCCAUGCUGGACUACAACCCCCGCGAGAGGGUCCUCUACACCUGGAACAACGGCCACCAGGUCAUCUACAACGUCACGCUCUUCCACGUCAUCAAGACCAGCGGGGAGCUCUGAGCCCCCCCGGGGAGGGGGGGAGAGACGGGAUUUGGGGAUGGAGACGGGGAUUCGGGGAUGGAUCCGGCGGUUCCAGGCUGGGUUUGGCUCCGGGGAGCUGUGAUUCCACCCUGGAUCCAGCUCUGAUUCCACCCUGGAUCCAGCUCUGAUUCCACCCUGGAUCCAGCUCUGAUUCCACCCUGGAUCCUCCAACCUGGAUCCUCCAUUCUGGAUCCUCCAUCCUGGAUCCGGCUCCAGAGAAUUCUGAUUCCCCCCCGGAUCCAGCUGUGAUUCCCCCCUGGAUCCUCCACUCUGGAUCCAGCUCCAGGGAGCUGUGAUUCCAGCCUGGAUCCAGCUCUGAUUCCACCCUGAAUCUUCCAGCCUGGAUCCAUUCCCACGGAGCUCUGACUCUCCCCUGGAUCCAGCUCUAAUUCCCCCCUGGAUUCUCCACCCUGGAUCCGGCUCCAGGGAGCUCCGUUUCCCCUUGGAUCCAGCUGUGAUUCCACCCUGGGUCUUCCAGCCUGGAUCCAUUCCCAUGGAGCUCUGAGUCCCCCCUGGAUUCGGCUCCAGGGAGCUCUGAUUCCUGCCCGGAUCCAGCUGCGAUUCCAGCACGGAUCUGGUGCUUCCAGGAUGGAUUCGGCUCCAGGGAGCUUUGAUUCCAGCCUGGAUCUGGUGACUCUUCCCU